AUGUGUGUGUGUAUGUGUGUGUGUGUAAGUCACAUUCUUACUAUUUUAAUGUUGAUAUUAAAUCAUGUUGGUGGCUCUGAAAUGAAAGUGUGUGUUCACUGAGGCCGGAAACAGACGGUGUCAACAACAAGAAUAUUUUGUUAUUUAAUAAAAUAAAAACAGUCGACACGUCAAAUCAAAUUAAACUAAACUAAACUCUCACAUUUGUUUUUAGAUAUAAAAAUAAAAUGUCCUCGUGAGUGAAGGUGAUUAAGACGUCGCUGCUGGUUUCUUUAUAAAAUAUUUCUCUUCAUUACAAUCAGUGGAUUCAUUAAAGAGGUUUAAGUAUCUCAGACAGAUUCGAGUCAAACUGGUGUUAUUUCAGUUACACAGUAGAAAAGCGUGGUGUACUCUGAUUGGCUGAUGGCGGAGCUCGACUCCUGCCCGCUCAUGGGAGUUGUAGUCUUCUGCGUCACGGCCGACAGAGCGUUCCCUGCGGCCUCAGAGCCCGCUGAGGACUACAACCAGGGAGGCGGAGGGCGGAGGGGCGGGGUUUGGGUUUUGACAGCGGGUUGUUUUGGAGGCGGGGCCCCGGAGGAGCGUGGGGCCGCGGGUCUGAAGUGACAGCUCAGCCCGCAGACCGAGCUGCUGCUGCUGCUCAGACUCAUGGGAAGUUCACCAGGAGCAGGUUUUAAUCUGAAGCAGGUGGAACAGAAGAGUGAAGAUGCUGAGAGCGCUCGGCCUCCUCCUGCCCUUCCUGACGCUCGGCGGACUGCUGCACUCGGAGCUCACCGGCGUCCUGGACGACUGCUUCUGUGACGUGGAGAGCAUCGACGUCUUCAACAACUUCAAGAUCUACCCUCGCAUCAAGAAGCUGACAGAGAGAGACUACUUCAGAUACUACAGAGUGAACCUGAAGCGACCGUGUCCUUUCUGGCCUGAUGACGGACACUGCUCCAUCAAAGACUGUCACGUGGAGCCCUGCCCUGAGAGUAAGAUCCCUGUCGGCAUCAAGUCUGGGAACUACAACAAGUACUCCCAGGCAGCGAAUACGAUGUCGGACAUGAGCGAGUGUGAACAGGCCAAAGAGCUGGGAGCCAUCAACAGCACCCUGAGUAACCAGAGUAAAGAGGCGUUCGCUGACUGGGCGAGACACGACGACGCUCAGGACCAUUUCUGUGAGCUGGAUGAUGAAACGUCUCCAGAUGCUGAGUACGUGGAUCUGCUGCUGAAUCCAGAGCGAUUCACUGGAUAUAAGGGUCCUUCAGCCUGGAGAGUCUGGAACAGCAUCUACGAGGAAAACUGCUUCAAGCCCAGAUCAGUGUACCGACCUCUGAACCCUCUGGCUCCGAGCAGAGGAGACGACGACGGAGAAGGUUUCUACAAGUGGCUCGAAGGUUUGUGUUUGGAGAAGAGAGUUUUUUACCGACUCAUCUCCGGCCUCCACAGCAGCAUCAACAUCCACCUGUGCGCCGAGUACCUGCUGGACGAGGGCUGGAGUCGCUCAGUCUGGGGCCCAAACAUCCAGGAGUUUCGGCAGCGCUUCGACCCGGCCGAGACGAAGGGUGAGGGCACGCGGCGCCUGAAGAACCUCUACUUCCUGUACCUGAUCGAGCUGCGGGCGCUCUACAAGGUGGCGCCGUACUUCGAGCGAGCCUUCGUCAACCUGUACACUGGAAACACUCAGGAGGACGGAGCCACCAAAGACCUGCUGCUGCAGAUCUUCAACGAGAUCAAAGCUUUCCCGAUGCACUUUGAUGAGAAGUCCAUGUUCGCCGGACACAAGAUGGAGGCCAAAACACUGAAGGAGGAGUUCCGCCUCCAUUUUAAAAACAUCUCCAGGAUCAUGGACUGUGUCGGCUGCAGUAAAUGUCGACUUUGGGGAAAACUUCAGACUCAGGGUCUGGGCACGGCUCUGAAGAUCCUCUUCUCUGAGAAAGAGAUCAAGAACCUUCCUGAACACAGCCCGUCUAAAGGUUUCCAGCUCACCCGACAGGAGAUCGUGGCGUUGAUGAACGGCUUCGGCAGGUUGUCCACCAGUAUACACCAGCUCCACAACUUCCGCCUGCUGUUGAAGGAGAACAGGUAACAGGAGGUGAUGCUCCACCAGCCCACACUGAACUGCAAUAGUCUAAUCCUCACCAGGGAGAAGGCCUUUUUAUUAACGGACAUCAGGAUCAGCAGUGAAAUUAACAACUCCUAGUUCCAACAGUUUUAUCCCAGAAAUCUCAUUUUCCCUCCUCCUCCUCCGUCAGGUCGAUCAUGAAUGUUAACUCUUCUGCCUCUUCUUGCCUUCAUCAGAAAAACUUCUUUCUUCGCAGUCAUUUAAUUUAAUUUGGUCGUUUUUGAGAAGCUGAUGAAAGUCAAACAUUUGGUUGAGACAACCUUGAAGGAAAGACUCGUUUGGGAGGAAGUGACGUUAACAGACCGACCUCUCAGCGACUGGACGGACUCACGAUGCCUGGACGCAGAUUAAACUGCGCUCAACAGGAAGUGACUGAGUUUGAUUUUUUUUUUUUAACUUACAUAACUUCACGGUUAAUUCCUCUUCCUUUGCUAAUCCCGCCCUCUGCUGACAUCACAUCCUGUUGGAUUUUUACACUCGUGAACCUGACUCAGACCUUUACGGCUCCUCUGUAAGGAUGUAGAAAGACUUUGUCCCGGGGAAGGACUCGGUCCAGACGAACCGCCGGGACGCCGCUGCCUGUCUUUGUUUUUAUUUUUCCCUUCCUCUUCUUCCUCCUCUCUCUCCGUCUCCUGUUGUUUCUAGAGAAGUUUCUUGCCGGAGGAUCUGGACCAAUCUGCUUGUGUUUUACGAUAUAAGGCCUAAUUUAUGUCAGCUCGUUAGCUGUGUGUGUCUGUGUGUGUGUGCAGAGGUGUGUGAGGUGCUUCCACUAGCCACAGAGCAGUGAGGUUUUAGCAGCAAUGAUGGACGGGAACUGUAGAUCAGUUAAAAAGACUGAGAAGUCAUUAAAAACCAGCGUUCAUCUCUGAUAUCCAGGAAACAUCAAGAGUUAGAAACAGAGUUUGGUGAGUUUGUUACAGCCACAGCACUUCCUGCUGCAGAGGGAGAAGAGGAUCAUGGGUAAUGGUGUUUCAUUUCAGUGAGUGGAGCUGCAGUCAACCGAUAGUCUUUGAUUUCUGUACAUGAAAACCACUGAACAGCUCGGACUCCUCUGGUGGCUGCAGGGGGCGCUGCUGCUCAGCAAAGUUACAUUUCGUUGCGUUAAGGAAAAAAGUUAAACUCCAGCUUCUCCAGUUUGACUAUCCACUCUGGCUAGUGGACGACGAGUGCGAACACUGACAAAAUGUAACGUCAGCGUUUGGUUCCAGCACCAACAUUUAAUCAUUUACCCAACAACACCGGAGUUAAGAUAGAUUUCUUCUUCCUCUGAUGAACUAGUCAGUGUGAACAAAGGAGCAGCUGACAACAUCCAAACUAAGAUUAUAGACAGAAAACUGUACAACCCAGAGAUCAAUUAAAAUAUAAUCAGACACUUACAUUUAAUUAAAGGAGGAGGCAGCAAAUAAGGAACCAAACGCCGUCUGGAGAGCUCUGUGUGUGUGUGUGUUUGUAUGUGUGUGUGUGUGUGUGUGUGUGUGUGUGUGUGUGUGUGUGUGUGUGUGUGGAUCAUCAGCAGUUGCAGCUAUAACAUCAUGGACUACGACUUGAUUCCAUAGUUAAAUAACCAUAAACUUGAGAACAGUAGCAGUUUUUUUUUGGUCUCUUGCGAUAACUAGUAAUUCUUUCUGUUUGGAUGGAUGGGUCAUAUUACUGUCUGUCUGUCUGUCUGUCUGUCUGGUUGGUUGCUGAUGUAUAUUUUGUAAAAGUGCUGCCUACUUUAUUCCGGCGUCGUGUUUUGCUUCAGCCAUGUUGUCUUAAAGCACAACAGAUUUCUUUAAAGUAGGGAGUUAUUAAGUUCUUUUGAGACGAGUUCUCGCUUCAGUAUUUUUAUUUGUCGCUGCAGGUUUUUGUCGUUCAGAGAGACACAGAUGGCUGUGAGAUGUAAUUUCCUCAAGUGAAACUGAGGUGUUAGAUAAAUGUAUCAGCAGGAGGACGGAGUUGUGGCAACAGUGUUUUGUUUCUGCUGAUGUUUCAGGAGCCUGUGCUGCGUAAAUCCCACGUUUAGACCAAAACCAACACUGUAGAUGACAACAGUAUCACACCUGGUAGUUUAGGGACGAAUAUCAAAAGUGAGUUGAUGAGUAAAAGAUUUUGGUAGAUGAACUAAUUCACUAACGUCUGACUUCCUGCGACUCACUGCAAGCUGCCUUACCUAUAAACCGUUUUUCUCAGUAGUUAGAAGUGCAUUUGUUGGGGACUAUUUCCAGCGGUGGAUUAAUUUGUACUUGAACCAGACUUCAGUACAGGAGACGUUUCAUGGAUCUGUGAGACAGCUGCACUUGUUUUAGGAAUAUUCAGCAUUAUACUGAAACCACACAGAACAACGAUCUUAGAUCAUUUCUCACCUGUUACGAUCACAAAGCAACGUAAAACAAGCAAAGGACAGAUAACGCAUUCGUUGUUGUUAGCCCAAAGAAAAUGGACAUCACGUUUGCAACGUCACAUGAAGGUUUCUAAAUCCGGAAACUUUUUGAAACCAGUCAUCCAGUCAGCUCCUAGUGGCCGUCAGAGGAACUGCAGCUGGGGAUGCUUCCUGGCUUCACUCCUCAGCUGUGUCUGUCUCAGCAGGUCGAAGACCAGUUUAUGAGGCUUUUUUAAUUAUAAUUUAGUUGAUUUUUGCAGCUUAAACAGUUUGUUUGCUCGACUAGUAAAAGAAAAAGCAGUAAAAUUAGGAAAUGGACCAAAGAAUUUUAAGUUGCCUACAUUUUAUUAUAUAUUUUUGUUUGUUUAUGAAGCCCAGGAAGUGUUUCUCUUAUUAUUACUGAUUCUUUCACUACCUUAGCUGUAUAGUUCAGAGUAGGGAUGUUACAAUAAGUUAUGACUUUUAAGAUCAACACAUACUGGUAAGCCUUUUUCUGAUCAUGCAGUGUAAGUAAAGUUAAGGCUGACACGUCACAUUUUUUCAUUUUGGCUCUUUAAAAUCAAGAGUUGGAUUUAAAAAUGCAGUUGAAAUAAGGAUAUAUUGAAUUUUUCAACAUUUAUAGUUACAUUUAAAGUAAAACUGCAGCUUCUGCUUGAUCCUGUCUCUUGCUUUAGUGUUGUUUCAGCAACUUUUUGGGGAAUUCAUGUAGUUUGAAUUGAAGAUGUUAUUAUCAGCCGCCGAGGUUUUCUUUCAAAAACUCCUGUCGGUCAAGAAAUAGUUUAUUUGGAGCUGAAGGUUUCUCUCUCUUCCUCCCUUUUCCCUUUCAGCUGCUGAUUCUGUUAAAUGUGAAGUUUUAUUCUGAAGCUUCUCAGAAAGAAAACAGUUUGUCUCGUAUCGUGUGUCUGUGUUUGUUUGUGUAAACAAAACGAUAAGGGAAACGGUUCUGUCAGAAAGUUUGCGUUUUUGUUGGACAUAUACAUGUAUGUUUGAGUGUAUGGAGGCCUGAGUGUGACAACUGAAUAAAAAUAAGUAUAAAAUUCAAUUGAGUAAAUCAGUACUUAAUAUAAUUUUAAAUACCUCAACUAUCUUAGCAUAAUGAAAUAAUCAUUAAGUGCUACAGUUUAAAUUUAAGUUUGAAUAUUCUGCCUUUUAAUGAUAAAUUCACACAUUUGUGGAAGUAUUUUUAAAGGCCUUUAACUUUAAAUUUCAUUAAACUUUCUUUGGUUUCAUUUAAUUUUUCAAAUAAAAAAGAUUUUUUAUAUCAAAGAAAGACAAUUUUAAGUUAAUCCAAAAAAAGUGCAAAUAGGAAAGCAAAAGUAUCACUUUUUCAGCCUCUUUUGAAUCUUGAAAGAAACUCAAACCCAAAAUGUCAAAUUGAUUUACCACUGAAUACUAAAAUUAAAAUUACAACUGAAUUUAAAUUACUUUAGUAUUUUACUUUGAAAACCAUCUUCCUGAAUUUAUAUGUUCUGAAUUUUCCAGAAAGAAAAAAUAAUCUCUUCUGAUUCAGAGCUGAUUUCAAAAUAAAAUAUUUAAGUGUUUUUAAUACAGUGAUACUCAAAUUUUAGUGUUUAGUGUUGUUACAUUUUUCAAGUAGGUAUUCAGUUACAUAUGUAAAAAAAAAAAAAAAGAAAUGAUUUUGGCCUUUCUUUACCUCCAUAUUAUCUAUUCUAAUUAAGGACAGUUUAUAAUAAUUUCAGUGUCACCUUGCAGCCUCCAUAAGAUAGUGUCUGUGUUUGUUUAUUUUCUUUGUUUCUUUGUGAGGACGCUGAGACAGAAAUUAUACGAGGCACAAAGUGUGUGUGAUGAGUGUUGUGUGUGUGUGUGUGUGUGUGUGUGUGUGUGUGUGUGUGUGUGCGUGCGCGUGCGCAUGCCUUCCCUCCUCUGAGCCGCCUUGCAUGUCCUCCAGCAGCUGGACGUCCUGAACGGUCCACAGCCUUAAAACUAAACCGCCACUUUAGAAAAAGAAAAAAAAACAAAAAACAACCUGCUUCAGAUCUUCACGCUCCUCAUGUUGAAUCCAAAUCUGUACAGUUUGUAAAAGGCAGCACAGGUUGAAUUUUUUUCUUUUGCUUUCAGAUCUCUAUGAUUAUAGAUAUAUAAAUAUAGUUGCACCAUGUCGAUGUGUGUACCUGUUGAUUAUAUUUAUUUGAGAAGAGGAAUAAAUAUUUCUGGACAUCA